CAAGACAAUGCCUGACAAUCAUUUUUUUAUUUCGUGCACAAACGGGUAGCUUGGGGGCAGAAUGAUUUGGAGACUCGGCCCACUUUCGUUGGCACGGGGAACGGGGGAUUCGGGAAGUUGGAAACGAACUUUUUAAAGCAGGACUGAGUGAAAAUUAGGAGCCAAAGGGUAUCGGGGAAUACGCCCGGAUACUCCUUCAACCCACACUCACUCACUCACUCACUCACUUACUUGUCACUAUUGUUUGCUUCUGGAUCUGCAUCUGCAAGUCCUCCACGCACUUUUAGGUGACUUUCCACAUUCGUACAAAACAAUACAAACUGCGGCAUAUAGACCAGACACUCUAUAGGCAUUACAUCACCUUUUUUUUUUCAGCUUACAUUUAAAUACCCUUCCCUCGACUGGCGAUACGACAACCCUCGCCUUGUCACACUCCCCGCUCUUUGAUACUUUUUACCUCGUACGAAAGUAAUCCUCAAACACACUGACACCCAAUAGCUCUUUUUGCUUUGAUCUCAAGAUCAAGUCAACUCGGGUCUCAUCCUGCCAUUGGCAUCUCAUCCCAUCCCCCCCUUCUUACCUCAAACCUCGCCAGCAACCCACCUCAAAAGAUGGCAUCCGCAACGGCAACAACCACAGAACAACCGCUCCUGGACGCCGACCUGGCAGCGUCCGUGGCCAGCGUCGACCGCCACGGCUACCUCUUUGGGCAAAAGAUCACGCAUUCCCUCUCGCCGCUGUUCCACUCCACAAUCUACCAGGAGCUCGGCCUGCGCUGGGAGCAGUUCCGGCUCGACUCGUCCGACGUCUCGCGCUUCCUGCAGCUGAUGCGCGACCCGCGCUUCUACGGCGCGUCGGUCACCAUGCCCAACAAGGUCGCCAUCAUGCCGCACCUCGACCACCUGACCGACGAGUGCCGCGACGUGGGCGCCUGCAACACCGUCUUUCUCCGCCCGGACCCCUCCGUCCCGGGCGGGCGCAUCUACUGCGGCGCCAACACCGACGUCAUCGGCGUGCGCGAGAGCUUCCUCCGCAACGUCGCCGACCCGGACGCCGUGAUCCGCAACCGGCCCGCGCUGGUGCUGGGCGGAGGCGGCGCCGCCCGCAGCGCCGUCUAUGCGCUGCGCCGCUGGCUGGGCGUGCGCGACAUCUACAUGGUCAACCGCGACGCGCGCGAGGUCGCGGACGUCGUGGCCGACUGCACGGCGCGCGGCUACGGACAGGGGCUGGUGCACGUGGCGUCGGUCGAGCAGGCCGCGGCUCUCGAGGCGCCCGGCGCCAUGGUGCUGUGCGUGCCCGACUUUGCGCCAAAGACGGCCGAGGAGGUGGUGGCGCGCGACGUCAUGUCCGUCUUCUUCGCAAAGGAGCGCAAGGGCGCCAUCCUCGAGAUGUGCUACAACCCCACGCCCUACACGCAGCUCUGGGCGCUGGCCGAGGGUCAGGGCUGGCAGGUGAUUCUGGGUACCGAGGCGCUCAUCUACCAGGGUUUGGAGCAGGACAAGUACUGGACUGGCAAGGAGGUCGAUGAUCUGCCGGUUCAAAAGGUGACCGAGGUGAUUGCGUCUAAACUUGGGCAGAAACCAAAGCUGUAGGUCGGCCUAGGUUAACCCUUGCGACUUCAUCUCUUCUUUUGUUUUUUUCUUUCACUUUGACAUGACAAAAGGAAGCCACUGUUCUUGACAAACUGAUUGGGGGGUCUGGGAGCGGCAUCUGCGGCAUUUACAUCAUUUCUUUAUUUCUGUUGAUUGUCUUUUUUUUUCGUUUUUGAGCGUAUAAUGAUAUCUGCAAAGAAAUGGCCUGCCUUGUUGGUCACAUACAUGAAGCAUACAAGAAUCAAAUAAAAUAAUAGCAUUGCA